AAGGGGGAGGGGGGGGGAGGAAAUGAGGAGAUGGGAGAAAAGAAGAGCCACAGCUAAUUGCAUAUAUUCUCCAGCUUAGCCCCACUUACUGUUUCCAGAUAUGGAGUGAGAACGAGGGAUAAAACAACAACCUCAUUUAUAAAGAGAACUAGAGCUGCGGCACAUUCAAGUGUCCUAAGAAUCAAAGUCUAUGUUCACGUCUCAUUCUUCAAAGUGGUUUUGAUUCAAAAAAAAACUAAAAUGGGUAUGCAGAAAAUGCAAAACCAACAGAUUGGUUUGAUUCUUUCUACAGAUGCAAAACCCAGGCUAAAAUGGACUCCUGAACUUCAUCAAAGAUUCGUUGUAGCGGUUACUGAGCUUGGAGGGGCAGACAAGGCAACACCAAAGGCUCUGAUGAGGGUGAUGGAUGUCCCUGGCCUUACUUUGUACCACCUAAAGAGCCAUCUACAGAAAUACAGGCUUGGGAAGAGCCAGCAGUCAGAAUCCUACAGUGACAGCAGGCAAGAAGUGUUUCUGAUUUCUAUGACAGAUCUCAUGGAGGCAGACUAUGGAGACAAGGAAGUUCGAGGUGGUUAUUUCAGUGGAGAAUUGAUUGGUAGAACCCCCACACCUAUCAAUGAGAGCUUGAAGAUAGCUCAAGCUCUACAAAUGCAAAUGGAAGUGCAGAAGAAGCUUCAUGAACAGAUUGAGGUGCAGAGACACUUACAGCUACGGAUUGAAGCUCAAGGGAAGUACUUGCAGUCAGUUUUAAAGAAAGCACAAGAAACUCUUGCUGGAUAUAAUUCUUCAUCCCUGGGUCUUGAAGCUGCAAAAGCUGAACUCUCACAACUGGCCUCCAUGGUGGACAACCGAUGCCCGAGUUCUUCAUUCUCAGGGCUAACAGAAGCUGGAGGAUUUAGCUUACAAGAGGUAGGGAAACAAUCAAUGAGAGGCAUGGAUUGUUCCAUGGACAGCUCUUUAACGUCCUCUGAUAGCUCAGGGAGAAAAGAUGAAAAUUCACAAAAGCUGGAGUCUGGACACCCCCAUGACUGUAACAGGCAUUCCAAUGCGGCUCGACUAAUGGAGAUGUAUCCAAAUGAAGGUCAUCUGUGCAAGAGCGAUCCAAGCGACCGGCUUCACGGACAGAAGAGAAGUUGGAGCACCAUUUCUGAUGACAUUUCUGUUGAUCAACCAACAGCUAAAAGAUCACCAACCCAUAAAGAGAAACUCGGUGGCCAGUGCACAAAAUUAGGAUUAACAGACAAGCUUGAUCUUAACAGCCAGUAUCAGAGUGAAAUGGAAUCAGGCUGCCAAGAGUUUGACUUGAACAGCAGGGUAGAGGAGCCAAUCUAUGUGUCCAAGCUUUUUGGCGCCUGAGGUUUUGUUUCAAGAUGAACAAUGGAUGGGUUUGAAGUUUGAACUCUAUAUCAUGCACCACAGACCUUGGUCAGUUUUGACAGAAACUGAUCUCUGGCUUAUAAAUUAUGUAAAUUAAAAUAUAAUUAUGCAACUCUUUAAGGUUUGCAAGUAUAUCAAACUCAUGAAAGUAUUCUGUGUGUAUAUAUUGAGGCCAGAUGUACAAGGAUGUUGAGUCUAUGGAGAUGACACAUGUCACCUUAGAAUACUCUCUUUCUCCAGGUUCAAAACUGUCUGGCAUGUUCACAUUAAUUUCUAUUGAAGAACUUUAUUACUAGAUCUUCUCUGAUCAAUUA